CUGUGUCUCUGUCUCUCUCUCUCUCUCUCUCUCACCGAGACGCUCCGGAGGAAGAAGGAUCUGUGGAAACUGUGGAAACCGGAGGACAUGCGGCGUCUCCUGCAAACUUCACCCGAAAGUCACUGAACAAAGACCUCGAGGGACGAGAGGAGGAAGAAUGAAGUGAAGAGGAGAGGAAGAGGAGGAAGAGGAGGAGGAGGAGGAGGAGAGCCGUUCACUCCCAUCGAUCCUGCACCGAGGGCGGCUGUGGUCACGAUGCAGACUAAUGCUGCUGCUGCUGCUCUGGCUCUGACGGUCCUCUUCACCCUGGACGGCCUCAGUGCCCAGCGGUCCGAACCCAGCACCCAGAACCAGGAGGACGGACACACUCAGAACAACGAGACAGAACCGGAGCAGAAGAAGAAGAAGCAGCCGCACAUCAUCUUCAUCCUCACAGACGACCAGGGCUUCAAUGACAUCGGCUACCACAACCCCACCAUCAAGACGCCCACUCUGGACAAGCUGGCGGCGGAGGGAGUGACGCUGGAGAACUACUACGUCCAGCCCAUCUGCACGCCGUCACGCAGCCAGCUCCUCACGGGCAGGUAUCAGAUCCACACGGGGCUGCAGCACUCCAUCAUCAGGCCCAGCCAGCCCAGCUGUCUGCCCUCCAGCAUGGACACGCUGCCCGAGCGGCUCCGGGAGGCCGGCUACACCACACACAUGGUCGGCAAGUGGCACCUGGGCUUCUACAGGAAAGCGUGUCUGCCGACCAGAAAGGGUUUCGACAGCUUCUUCGGUUCUUUAACAGGAAGUGUGGAUUACUACAGUUACGGGUCGUGCGACGGGCCGGGCCUGUGCGGCUACGACCUCCACGAGGACGAGGGCGUCGCCUGGGGCCACGAGGGGAAGUACUCCACCACGCUGUUCACACAGAGGGCCCGCAAGAUCCUGGAGAACCACGACCCGGCAGGCAGGCCGCUCUUCCUGCUGCUCAGCCUGCAGGCCGUCCACACCCCCCUCCAGCCUCCGAAGUCCUACAUCUACCCCUACAGGGACAUGGCCGACGUGGCCAGGAGGAAAUACGCCGCCAUGGUGUCCACGGUGGACGAGUCGGUCCGGAACCUCACCUACGCCCUCAGGAAGUACGGCUACUACAAGAACAGCGUCAUCAUCUACUCCACGGACAACGGGGCCCAGCCGUUCACCGGAGGCAGCAACUGGCCACUGAGGGGCCGCAAGGGCACGUACUGGGAGGGGGGGGUCCGCGGCGUGGCCUUCGUGCACAGUCCUCUGCUGAGACGCAGAAGACGAGUCUCCAAAGCUCUGCUCCACAUCACCGACUGGUUCCCCACCCUGGUGGGUCUGGCUGGAGGAAACAUCAGCCAGAGUCGAGGCCUGGACGGUUUCGACGUGUGGUCGACCAUCAGUGAGGGGAAGGAGUCGCCUCGGCAGGAGAUCCUUCACAACAUCGACCCCCUGCACAGAGCGCCGGCUCAAACCAUGAAGUGGGACGACGACACCGACGGAGACUCAGGAGGUUCAUCGAAAGCUCGGACAUUCAAGAAGCCAAAGAAGAAGAAGAAGAAGAAGAAGAAGAAGAUUCUGAAGAUGAAACCGAAGCAGAAGUCAGCGUUCAGGCUCAAAAGCACAAAGAAACCAAAGUCCAAACUGAAAGUUAAACCGGUCCCAAAAAAGAAACCUAAACCUCCGACCAAAGACUACGCUCAGCAUCAGUCCGAUCACAGGUUCAAGUCCCGCUCCGCUCGUCUUCCACCUGCAUCAGGAACAUCUGACCCCAAGUCUCAGCCUCGGGUCCAGUCUCCUUUAACACUGAAGUCCAGACGGACCACAUCCCAGAAGCAGAACUCGGGUUCAUUUCAGACAAAAUCCAAGACUCAGCUCAAGUUACAUUUUAAGUCCAAGUCCAGGAGGACGGUGUCCCAGCACCUGAAUGAGUCCCAGCCUGGGACGUCCCCGCCCACGUCCCACACAACGCUCCAGCUCAACCCGGAGCCCUCACAGACCGUGUGGGACUCGUCGGUCCAGGCUGCCAUCAGGGUCGGAGACUGGAAGCUGCUGACGGGAGACCCGGGUCACGGAGACUGGGUUCCGCCUCAGGUUCUCCCCAGCCUCCCUGGUCGCUGGUGGAACCUCGAACGCACCUUCCCGUCCCUCCACAAAUCCUCCACCCACAAAAACAUCUGGCUGUUCAACAUCAGCGGCGACCCGUACGAGCGGCAGGACGUGGCGGACCAGAGGCCAGAUGUGGUCCAACAGCUGCUGGCUCGGCUCGCCCACUACAACCAGACGGCCGUGCCGGUUUACUUCCCGCCCGACGACCCUCGAGCAAACCCCAGUCAGCACGACGGCGCCUGGGUGCCCUGGGUGGACGAAGAGGAGGAAGAGGAGGGGAAGUAUCAGGGGGUUUACAAGAAAGGGAAGAGCAGCAGCAAGAAGAAGAAGAAGAAGAAGAGGUGCCGGCUGUGCAAGCUGAAGUCCUUCUUCCUGAAACUGAACACCGGGAUGAUGUUCAACCGGAUCUGAGGCUGAGCCGCCCCCCCCCCCACGACAGGAACGUGACUUCAGCACUUUGAACUUUUUGUCUCGUUUAUUCCACUUCAUUCAGUCGACGUCUUUCAAGAACUUUAUCAAACGUGUCCGUUCACUGGUUUCACUCCAUCACCUGCUCCUUUUUUUUUAAUUCUCUAAAUAGCGUAAUUUUAAAUGUCGGAAAAUCAUCGACUAUAAACAAAGAUGGCUGAUCCGCUGGUUUUCACUUCGUAAAAGUGAAGCCAAGACUCCCAGGACACUGGAGCAGCUGCAUCACCGCCACCUGGUGGACUGAAGAGGAACAACUUGUUGUAGCCAUCAGUUGUACGACUUUUACCGUAGCCGGCCACCAGGAGGCGAUCCAGAUGACUUGGCUUCACUUUGAGGAGCCGUCGUGUAGAAUCUAUGAGACAAAUCCAGAUGUUAUCGUCAAAUAUCUCAUCUGAGAUUUUUAUCGUUCAUAAACUGACGGAGUUCUUGAACCAAGAACCGACUUUGUGCGAUUGUAGAAUGUUAAUUUACACUGUAAACGAUUAAAAUGUGUGAAACAGAAAGAAUCAUUAAAGGGAUAUAGUGAGUUGAUGUUUACUGUAAGUUCCAUAGAUCCACAAAUCCAGAUGUUCAUAGUGACAGUGCAUGAUCCUGAUGAUGUUAAAUCACUAUGGUUGUUUUUCUUUGAUCAUAAACAAGAAAACCUCACAGAGGAGUUUAUACAUUUUUCAUGUUUUCACUUUAUUUCCAGUGGUUUCAGAUGUUUUUCUACUUUUGAUUUUCAGUUAUUAUAAUGUGAUGGUUUUCUAUGUGUGACCCAGGCCUUCAGAUCCUGUGGUUGUUUGAAUGUAUCGUUGGUGAUGAGCAUCUUUCUGACCUUUGAUUUCCACACAUCCCACUGUGAACAGCAGAAUCUGCCAUUUGAACGUAUAUAUCACAUUUUAUGUAAAGUAAUAUUUAGAUUUUGAAAUUCAAAGAGUUUUAAGGGUCAAGUUGAGUCACUGAGGUUUUGAUUUGUUCUUAGAGAUUAUCAGAAGAUGUCUGAACCCAGUGAAAUAAACCAACAGGUGAAUAAAACUGUGA